AUGAACUUUUUGACUAUAAAAAAAUUGUUUGGCAAAAAAAAAAAACCUAAGGUCCAAAACGAUCCACUAUCAAAUGACGACCGUCGCCGGCUGAAAGACUUGGAAGUCUUCAGACCUUUGCCCGAUAAGGUUGCCCGACACGUUGACGAUAUCAAGUCGAUUUUAAGCGAAAUGUCGGACCGCCGCGCAUUGUCGGAUUAUCAACAGUUCGUCGGAAAACUGAACGGCCUCUUGGACUUUCUCAAGGGAAACGCGGUGCUCCGUGAAUACGUAAAUGGCGUUUAUUCCGAGUGAGAUAUAGGGAAUUGACUGGAGGCGGAUCUAGUCAAGGACUAUAAAAGGGGGGGGGCGAUUUUGGAAAUUCAUAUAAGGUAAAAAUGUAUAACGGAAAUCAAGUUCAAAGUAUAUUGGAGCUAAAGAUCGCCUCAAUCACUCCCUCCCCUGGAUCCGCCAUUGUCCACUUUUACCCGUUUAUAUAUGUAUAUAUACGACCUUUAUACAUUUAGGUACCUAAAAUUCAACUUUUGUAGUUUAUUAGCUGUUACAAGGUCUUUCAAAAUUUUCGUGAUCAACGACAUAUUUAACCGUGAUUGAUUGUAACACAACUGUAGGAAAGAUAUUAGGUAAAGCAGUGUAACCAGGAUUUAUCAAUGGGGGGUGGUCUAGGGAUUUAGGUGUCUGAAGCAUUUUUAACAUUAUUUGCAUAGCUAGAAACAUUCAGAACUCCCACUUGGCUUCGCCACACAGUGGUCUGAAUCGAAAUUUAGCCUAACUAAAUUAAUCACCCGUACAUUUUAACUGAUAUUAUAGUGUGAUACACCAAACCUAUCAGGGGGACUGUAGAGGGUACCUUUUAAAGUAUUACAUUAUUUAAUUGAUUUAUUGAGGUCAUUUUUUGACAAUUUCUCUUAAUAGAUGGAAAAAACGCAGCGAAAACAGGAAAAUUAUCGACAAUAUUAAUUUCAAUUUUGUUUUUUGGUUGUAUUUAGGUUACAUAUAAUCCUAGAGACCUGAAAUGUUCACAGAAUAUUCAAUUUUUUUACUCCAACCCGACCCACUGUCUCAAUACGAAAAACAGCCCAUUGAACAUAUAUCUACCUACCCACCGGGCUAGUCCGCCCUUGGUACCAAAAAAUCGUAUUAUUCUAUUGGUAUUAUACCUAGGUAUACGUCGCAUCUUUAGUACAAUACUGCCACAAGUAAAAAUAAAAAUUCCAGAAAAUGAGGUUAUGGUCGUAUUAUUAAACAAAUUCAAUACCUACACAAAUCUAUUACGUAGGUGUUGAUUGAACUAUACCUACGACGGUUUGUCCCUACGGCAUCUGGCGGUAUACCAUUUUGCAAAUAAAAAUGAUGGCUACCCACCUGUCCAACCAUCCUUCAUUCAUAAAACCCAAAUAUCGUGUUGUGAUAGUCGUGUGUCGUGUUUCUAAUACCACCGACAAAUAUCUCGCCAUGUGCAUAAGCUAUUUUCCAAAUGAUAAUUUUAGUAUUGUCGAGUGAACAAUGUUGACAAUUAACAACAAUGUAAUAUACCUACUCAUAUUGUUAACAUUGCCAACGACAUUAUUUUCAGUGUGACCUAUUUAUUUUCUGCCGUUUCCGAUUGCAAUAUCGGGUAGGUACUUAUAUUUUUGAACGAUUCCGUUAACGGUAUCUAUUUAUUAUAAUUUAUAUUAUAGUUAUCCACCACAUGCUCGGAUAGGUAGUACGUAUAAUAUGUUGGCACUCGUCCAUGUAUAAUUUUUAUAGUGUAGUUAAACACGCAUUUUACUUCUAAUAGUCAUUUGGAUGACAUUUUUUUCUCUCUUUAAUUCUACUCACUAUAUUAAGGUGCAACGUUAUUUUCAAAUAAUAUAUAGGUAGUUAUGUAAUAUCGUAUCGUUGUUUCUAUAUAAUAUACUUGUAUACAUAUACAUAGUGAUGCGAAGAUUGUAAUAUACGCGUGUAUACCCGUAAAAUGUAUUGUAUUGUAAUAUAUGGUAUUAUACACUCUGUGUAGAGUUAUUUUAUACAAGGGUAUAAAACAUUUUUUUUUUUCCUGCCAAGUGAGGUUCCUUUGCGUUUUGUUAAUGAUUGUUUUGAUUUGUGUUUAUCAUUCUAUUCUUAUUUACGAUUACGGUUGUUUUGGUUUUAAACAAUCAACAGUUGAGAGGAGUUAACAUGGUACAUGAUGUUUGCAUAUGAUAAAGCUUUGAUCGGUGAACAUCUGAAAGAAAUUAACUUGGGGAAUAGAGAGUAGCACUGGAAGGAAAGGGACUAAGGAUAAGUAGAAGCACAACAGAGUAUAGAGUAAGAGUUCGGAGAAACAUAGGAUUAGGUGUGGUUGGAUAAAGCGGAGAGAAGGGUCGGGUAUUUCAUGUGACAAGAGAAUUCCUGCAAUGUGACUUAAAUGGUAGAUUUUAUAAGAGCGUAGGGUGACUGACUAUAUUGUGUGGUUUGGAGUGUUGGGCGGAAGACAGAGAAUGGGUAUGGUAGAGAUGAGAACGCUUUGGUGAAUGAGUGGAACGACGGCGGAAGGGAUGAGGGAUAAGGGAUGAGUACAUAAAAGAAAGUUUAAGCAUGGCUUCGCUAGUAGACAAAACGAGAGAAAAUAGACCGAGAUGGUUUGAACGUAUCACGAGGAGAGAGGAAUGUGAAGUAGCGAGAAUCGUAAUUCGAAAAUGAACACAAUAGGAAAGAAGUUGAGAGGAUGCAGUUGAGAAUGAUAUGAGAAUAGGCGGUGUAUGCAAGGUCGGUUUAAAUGGACGUUUAGAGCAAGGGUGACUGACCCCGAAUAGCUGGGACGAAGGCAAAGGGGAAGAAAAAGAAGUAAUGCUCUAUAGUCAAUAAGUCAAAUAUAGUCAAUGCAUAUGAAUAUUUAAUAAUGCAUGAUCCUAGUAUGUAUUAUUAUUUGUACGUGUACAUACUGAAAAUGUAACUCGUUUAAUGUCUUCUGAAUAUCUAUAUGUUGCAUGGUUAUUAAAAAAAAAAAAAAUAAUAAACCCAUUGAAUAUUAUACCGUAUUAAAGCGUACAAUUCAAAAAUAAUUAUAAUAUAUAUAUAUAUAUUAGUUAAAAACACGCGUAAUAUUAUACAGCAUUUAAUACACGUGGAAUAAAAAAAAGCUGUCCUAGGAUAAUGAGCACGGGUGCAGCCACUGUUAAUUAAUCGGGUAGUUUAAUGUAUACCCGUAAACAACGAUUAACCAUUGCUAACGGAAAACGAUGUUCUUUAAUAGUAUUUGUUUAAUGUUGUACGUAUAUUUUCCCGUUUCUCCCGGGUUUUCUCAUUUGUCGAGAAAAACUCUGGGAAAAUCGAAAAACGACCUCCCCGCGGUAUCUCUCCAGUCCGAUUUCCUUUCAGGAAAAAUGCAUCAAUCGGAGCAAAUAAUUACUGGUAGAAAAGUGAUUGUCCACAGAAAAAAAAAAAAAAAAAAAUUAAAUUAAAAUAAACAUCAUUGUAAAACCAAUACAUUCCUCGCUCUAUUCAGAAUCUAAAACAAUUAAAAUCGUAAUUUUUGCAUUGUACCUACCUAAAUAAUGUAUGCAAUAUAAAUAUGUACACAGGGAGCAGAAAUCGAGUUAUAAUUUGACCGUCACUCAAUUGUGUCGGACUUGCGAGGAUCUGAGUUCGCAGAUGAAAACCAUGACGUUUCUCAACAACAGAAAUUUGCGCGCGGCCGAUAUGGUAACCGAAAUCGACGAAUAUUCGAAACUUUACGAAAACAGAAGUAAACUUUACCAUUUAUCUAAUAUCGAUUAUACCGAGAAAAAAAAACACACACACAUAGUCCCAAACACUAUUUCUUAUACUUAGGAUUAGUUUAUAAUCGUCAUGGGCAAUAUACUUGUACAUUGUACCGAUAUGGGUAAUCGCUCAGGUUGUACCUAUACAUUUUAAAUUACUCUACUGUCAUUUUAACAUAGAACCAUUAUUAUUGGUUUUAGUUUUUAAAAACGUUUGAAAGCAAUGCAAAAGGUUUUCCUACUUGUUUUUACAAACUCGGUAUCUAUUUUGCCAGUGAUUUUUGCUGCCAUUUAAUCCUUCGUACAUUUUUCAUUUCGUCAAAUACAAUUUUGUUUUUUUUUUUUUUUGAAUCGCUCAUUUUAAUGCGAGUAUCAAUUCGGGUACUUUUUAAAACCUCCGUCAACCGGUAGACGUAUUAUGAUAGAUAUAUUGUGUUGUAAUAUGACGGUACCAGACGGCUAGUGUGCUACCCGCAAAAGCCCGGGACUCGACUCGGAUGCGCCGAUCGGGACUCCAAUGGUUGCUAGGGGGGACCCGCUCGUUCCAUCUGCUCGGCGCAGCAGUCCGCGGGCUGUCGACAGUCGCGCUCGGGACCGGGCAGCCGUUCGAUCGCGAGGCCGGUGUAGCGGCCGAAACGUGCACGGCCGCGUCAAACGCAAUGUCGUCGGCCACGCCGGGUUGUUCAGCUAUACAGUUCACGGCCGUGGCCGAUAGAUCGCGCGCAGGGUACCGUAAACAAUUAACGCGCCAAUUUAGACACCAAUUAUUAUAGCAUUUAAGGAUGGAAUUAUGUACGAUAGGAAUUAUUAUUAUUAUUGUUCUAAUAACUGCGGGAGUAAUAUUUUAACACGAUAUUUAAAUCGGGUAUGCAGUAAUAACAACCGGAGACGGUCGAAUGUGUCCCUGAUGUCGGGUAAACGGAAAAUCGAAUACGUCGAUUGCGUCUCAUUCGGACCUUUUUUACUAUUCUAUUUUUAAUUAUUAUCAAAUUUUAUCGAGAGAAAAACGAUCUGGGUGACAUUUUUUUCAAGUAGUCUAAACGGGCUAUAAUAUUAUUUCUUAAAUUGUUUAUUUCGAUUGUUCGAUAAAUUCUUGUUUAUUGUUACUAUUUUCUCUGUGCUUUUUUGGAAUUAAUUUCUGACAUGUUGCUAUUUUUAUAAUGAUAAAAAAACCGGUGGUUCUCACUUUCCCAGUCUAAUAUGCGGCUCGCAACCACUUAAAAUAAUGUUGUCGAACGUAAUCGAAAUUCUCGAUUUUUUAUUUGGGACGCAAUCGGAUGCAUACCGAUUACAACCGGACGAAAUCGAAACUAGAGAAGUGUUAAAAAAAAUCGAACCGGGACGCAAUCGGGCGAUGCCCAUAAUAACAUUUCAAAAAGUUUAAAAUAUUAUACAAUUUAUAAAUGCGAAUUUUUUUUUUUUUUAAUGAACAACAAAUAUUGCACACAACCAUAAGUUAUUGACACUCCUACGUCCUGAUUUACAAAAAAAAAAAAAAAAUAAUAUGUAUAAUAAAAAUACAAUUAAAUUAAAAGUGACCUUCGAGUGCGUUUUAAUUUUAUAUGUGUAUGUUUCCCCGUGUAGUUGUGUAUGUUGAACGUUGAUCGUACCCGUUGUUUGUGCAUAUUAAUAUAUAUUAUAUUUUUAAUGAAUAAUGUAACGUUAUAAUAUGCAAGAUUAUGCACUGAUUCGGGAGGGGGGGGGAAAUGUAUAUUUAGACUUUAGAGCUUAUGCGGUGCAUUUAUAUGUUGGUUUGUUGUAAAAUAGUGGCCUAAAAAGAACCACGCGAUUCCCGUAACUUCUUAUCCCUAAUAUUGAAAUCAGACGAUAAAAAAAAAAGUACAGUUAUUAAAAAAAAAAAAAAAAAAAAUGAUGAUCCUCAGAAGAGCACGAUCUUCUAACUAAUAUUAAUAAACUAAUAAACCGCUUAAGGGGGUUGGGAACGGUUUUCCAAAUUUUCCCAAAUUUAGCAAAAUUUCGUUGACGAUACUUUUCCACUAAUCUACUGACCGGUAGUCAUUCAACGGACAAGGUUACAGCCGUUUUUACAGACAAAUAAUAUGAUGACGUGUUUUAGAGUUAAGACCAUAGUAAGCUGGAGUAAAAUUACAGUUGCCGCUUGUAUUCUAGUGUGCGUUUUCUACGAAAUAUUUGUUCGUUUUUUUUUUCUACAGGUAGAUGAUUUUAUAUAAUUUUCUUAAAAUUAACUCGUAUUCCAGUAUUAUAAAAAUAAAAAAAAAAAUAAAUAAAUAUCCCACAAAACGUAGAAAAGAAGUGUUCGAAUAAUUUUUCAAAACUGAAAUCGUGCUACUACUGUAAAUAUAUAUAUUGGUCUAACUCUAAGUGUCUGAAAAAACGAAUUGAUUCCAUUCACCUUCGUCAUAUUUUAUUUAUAUUAUCAUGCGUUUUAAAUAAGUUUAAUAUACUUUUACGUGUAUAUUAUGUUAUACUACAGAAAAGCUUUAUGCGGAUUUAGAAUCGGCGUGCACGCGUCACAUGGAAGCCAAAUGGGCUAAAUUGAAAACUUCAACUGACAAGCAUUUGAUUGAAGAUUUUCUGAAGGAGAUAAUCGUAAGUGUUUUGUUCAAACCAUACCCCGAGUGCCCAUAAAAUCGCAAAAAAGAUAAAAAAAAAAAAAAAAACGUGAAAAACCCCUAAAACUAUUUUUUUUUUCAAACGAUUAUUAAUUCCAUGAAAUUAAAUAUGUCUGUAAAUCGAAUCAGUAAAAUAACACUGAUAAUAGUAAUUCAAAUCGUAAAUUGUAUGCAUUCAAAUUCUACAUUUUAUACCAGUUAUACUUUUGCUUAUUACUGUGAUAAUUUUAUUUAUAAUAAAUUUAAAAAUAAAUACCUAUUACAUUCAAACCAUAUUCGAGUGACCGAAAAUUGUUGGCCUUGAAUGCAAAAUUUGACAAAAAUCUUAAAGAUCCACAUGAUUUCAAGUCCAUAAAAUGUGGCGUCCCCCAUCCUUCGAGCAUUUCCGUAUGCAGUCCCUGUAUAGAAUCCUCCCGCCUCCCAUCAAAAAAGUUCUCGUUUUCGAAAAGUCGAAAUUACGUCACUGAUGUCCACCCGAUACCGUCGUGUACAUCGCGAAAGCUUCAAAUUUUUCGUUUUUUUUUUUAAUUUCCCGUAUGGUUUUUUCGUGACGAAGACGCAGAAACAAGCGAUUCAGUCGAGACACGAUCAAGCCGUCGAAAUUCACGCCAAGUUAUCGGCCCGUUUGCGAAAUCGCGGCGCGUCCGUCGCGAACGCCAAGGGAAACAGAUACCAGCAGACCGCGGCCAACGAAGACGCCAGGACCGAUACGGACGACGUCCGCGACGACGGCGUUGCCGGCGAUUUCGACGAUUUCGAAGAUUCCUUCGGGUCGUCGUGGAUUACCAUUGAGCCGCCGCCACCGCCACCGCCGCCUCCGCCGCGGACCCCGGCGAUCGCCCCUGGGCGGAUCGCGGCGAUCGGCAGUGGCGGACGGAACGCCACGGAAAGCGUUUCGACACCGGACUCCGACAACCGUCGCGAAAACCUCAGUUCCGACUGA